CCGGACCCGGUGCCCACACAGUUGCGGCGCGAUGGCACAGGCCGGAGGCCCCGGGGCCAAAAAGGGUAUUUUGGAACGUCUGGAUAGUGGAGAGGUUGUGGUUGGAGAUGGCAGCUUUCUCAUAACUCUGGAGAAGAGGGGCUACGUGAAGGCUGGGCUCUGGACUCCGGAAGCGGUAGUAGACCAUCCUGAUGCAGUUCGUCAACUUCACAUAGAAUUCUUGAGAGCAGGAUCAAAUGUCAUGCAGACUUUCACCUUUGCUGCCAGUGAGGACAAUAUGGAAAGCAAGUGGGAAGCUGUGAACGCUGCUGCCUGUGACCUUGCCAGGGAAGUGGCUGGCAAGGGUGAUGCUCUGGUAGCUGGGGGGGUCUGCCGGACAUCAGUGUACAGACACCACAAGGAUGAAGCCACAGUUAAAAAACUCUUUCAACUCCAGCUAGAGGUUUUUACAAAGAAAAAUGUGGACUUCUUGAUCGCAGAGUAUUUUGAGCAUGCCGAAGAAGCCAUAUGGGCUGUGGAAGUCUUAAAACAAUCGGGUAAACCUGUGGCAGCUACCAUGUGCAUAGGCCCGGACGGAGACAUGCGUGGGGUGACACCUGGAGAAUGUGCUGUUAAGCUGGUGAAGGCAGGGGCUGCAAUCGUGGGCGUGAACUGCCGCUUUGGGCCCAGCACCAGCUUGAAGACAAUGAGGCUCAUGAAGGAGGGCCUACGGACGGCAGGGUUGAAGGCACACCUGAUGGUGCAAUCCCUGGGCUUCCACACCCCUGACUGUGGCAAAGGCGGGUUUGUGGAUCUCCCAGAAUAUCCCUUUGGACUAGAGCCCAGAGUUGCAACCAGAUGGGAUAUUCAAAAAUAUGCCAGAGAGGCCUACAAUCUGGGGGUCAGGUACAUUGGCGGAUGCUGUGGAUUUGAGCCGUACCACAUCAGGGCGAUUGCAGAGGAGCUGGCCCCUGAAAGGGGCUUUUUGCCCCCAGCUUCAGACAAACAUGGUAGUUGGGGAAGUAGCCUUAAUAUGCACACCAAACCCUGGAUUCGAGCCAGGGCUAGAAGGGAGUAUUGGGAAAAUCUGCUGCCAGCUUCGGGCAGACCUUUCUGUCCUUCACUGUCACAGCCGGACGCCUAAGGAGUGGUGAAAGAAAACACUGAAAUGACAGAACAGAAAGAAAUCUGGAACUCCUCCUUGCCUUUA